CAGACAAGAAGGAGGAGGAGGGAUCCCAAGCCAACUCCAGCUCUUCUGCUCGUUGUAUUUUUGUAACAGUAACACUUGGGGGAUUUUUUUUCUGCUUGAAGUAACAAAGUCCUAGAAUCAGGAUGCAUUUCUCUCAUAUCCUUGCUUGGGGACUUGUGCUGGCUGCACUGUAUGUUAGGAUGGAGGCAAAACCCACUGGCCAGGCACACCAAAAGUCACUUCGUGCUCUGUUGGGUGAGGAACUGGCAGAGUAUUUAGCAUCAGGAGAAAGGGGAGAAAGGAACAUUGAUGCUAAAACCCGUGCCCGGCUUCUACGGGACCUGCGUGCUGACACCCGUUCUCGAGCAGCCUGGUCCAGACUACUCAAUGAAUAUCCCAACACCCGUAAAUUUAAAGGCAUUAAUAAGAAAGGUUUAUCCAAGGGAUGCUUUGGCCUCAAACUGGACCGGAUUGGAGCCAUGAGUGGCCUGGGGUGCUAGAAGUUGGAGCACCAUCUAGUGGCGGCUCCGAACAUCGACAACGGUUUCUGAUCACUGGUCGUUAUCCUGUCUCAGAGUAGAUGCCCAUCUGAGAAUCUUAUGUUUCCUGAAGCCAAAGAUUCCUCGGUGGGGGUGACAGGCUGGUACGAUGGGACAUAGGACCUGCUGUUACCACAUGUCUAUCUUCAUUCUGUUCCUAGCGCACAAGAGCCACACAUGUGCGUUUUGUGUCCACAUCUGUAACGAGGGCUGCCUAGAUGUUUACAUAUCAACGUUUGGAGGCGUGCAUCACCUUUUAGGUGGCCAAGCAGACUCUCAUGCGUUACCCUAUGUAGGGCGACUAGACUCUCUAUGUGCCAAACCAUUCCUAACUCAUGGCCUGUCAAUGUUUCAGCCACAUGGACAUCUUCACUAGGUCACAAGUCUUCACGUGCCACUUUAGUUACAAUUAAACCCUUAGAUUAGACCCAUCAGCUCUCAACACUAAAAAGCUAUAUUGACACAUUGAUUGGAGUGCAGUAGGCACACAAAGGUUUAGUUGCCAACGUGUCCAUCUUAGUGACCAGCCUCCAUCAGAAUUUGAUUAUCUAAACAUGAUCACUAUGGAAAGAAAGACUUGGGACGUCUUCCCAGUCCUAUCACAGAGGGAAGGUCAUAUUUAAACUUCUACUGGCUGCUCAACUAAUUUUAAUCCUGUAUGUUAGUUUAGUGUGGCCACAGCUACUUAAGUAAAUGAUUUGUCAAUGCUCCAAA